GCACAACUGUUUUGUUUCUAUUUUUUUUGUUGCAUUUGGGGUGCCGGGCGAUUUCUGCGAGUAGCCCCAACCAGAACCAGAAGAAGUGCAUUCGCAUUGCAACAGUUGCCAAGUCUUUUUAGUCAUUAACGAAAUGGAUUUGGGCGAGCGCACACGAUGCAUUUCCAUUACUUGGGCAUUAUUAAUCAUAGUCUGUCAAACGAUGUGCGAGUCCCGCUAUAUAAGUGCGAGUCCGAGCCAGAACCUUGCACUGACUAUGCCCACGGUAAAUGCUGCCUACUACAGUCACAGGAUACUCUUUCUGACCGGUCUAUGCACGCUGUCCUUAACGCUGCUCGGCUGUCUGGCUGUUGCCGCAGAUCGCGUCGCAAGGCUGCGAGCCUGGACGCCUAUGCUCCGCGCACGCAGAGUAUUGUGUGGCCAGCACUACCCGCCGAAACGGCCCGUGUCGUGGAAGUGACCUUUCUGCAUACGCCCGGUGCCGUGGAUUGCCUGUGCCGUGGCUGCUGCCAGACGAGGAAUGUCAUCUGCCUGGAGGAUUGUCUGAAUGCCACGGAAUGUCUAAGCAAAUCGACGACAAUUGAAGCCUUUAAUUAUUUUGUUCGCAUAAGCCAAAGAAAGUACAAUACAGUAAAUAUGAAGGCGACACAAAGUAAAAAUGUGGAAAAGUUGCUGUUGCUGUUGGUGCUGCUCAUUGGUUAUCCGCAACUCUUUGAAACGAGCAACUUUACAGACGAUUAUUGGCAAACGGAGUCACAAUCAGUGGAGGAGGACGAUAAUGCAACAACGAAUUCGAGUGGCUAUAGAAUUAUUAGCGACAUUAACGAUAAAAAUAGCAUUUAUAUUCCUGUGGAUCCAUUGACGAGGGUGGCCUUUGUAGCCCUGCUGUUGCACGUACUCAUCGUUGGUGGAGGCAUUAUCAUCUACAGCGUCGUCUACUGCAAGUCACGUACUGAUAAAAAGCGGCUGACGGAAAUGAGACGUCGUCUGCAAAGUCCACCAACGCUGCAGCAUUUGCCCAACAGCCAGAAUUGCCCUUGUCAUGGCUGUCGUGUAGCCAGACAAAUUCUAAGCGGCCUGAUCGUACAGCAGAUUAUAACAGAGCGUUCAGAGUGUUAGCGAUAACGAUAAGCUUUUAACGCUGGUCACACUCUUGUAGUUUUAGGCUUGCAAACAUGGAACACCUUGUAAUAGGAAUGUGCUUCAAUGCAUAUUAUCGAUUUAAUGUCAAAAUCAAUCAAUCUUAAGCUGUAUGCUGCAUGAUAACAGUCAAGCAGUGCGAAAUAUACUCUAACAGGUACGAGUGCUCCUUUACCUUGACAAAAAG